CAAGUGGGGGCGAAGGGGGGGAGGAGCAAGCUGGCGCCAUUCGAUGGAAUUUCUGCGGCGGGGAAAUACGAAAUUCCGGCGGCCUCAAUUAUUUCGGCAGCAUUUUUUUUUCUAUUGCGUCAGAUUUACUUCGUUUCCACAGCACUUUUGCCGUCAUCGUGGCGCCCUCACGGUCAACGUCCAAAAUAUUGCAAAGGAAAAGCCGAGGAAGAGUGAAUAAUAUAAAUAUUGCAAUAGUCGCGUGUGAUCGGCUGAGUGAUGCUGACAAAGUUGUGACUCCAGAAUAAUCUGGCCGUCAAGAAAUGAUCGCGAGUCAUUAGCCGUUAUAAUCACUGACGAUUCGUCAUGGAUAUCCCCUUAUCGAUUGACUUUUCAUAAUUAUUGUUAUGACAUGUACAUUCGGGGUUUAUUGCCGCGGGAAUUGUUGAUGAGGAAAUUUAAACAAAUUAAGAAAUACAUUCUCGCUUUUUAAUUGAAAGUCGAUGAGUAAUUUUGUGGACGUCAUUCGAUUUCCAUUUAUUCACGUUGAGGGGGUUCGAGAAGCAUUUUCUGAUAAGACUAAUUUUCGAUAAUAUUUUUGGCAACUGUUUUAAUGAGUAUUGAAUUUAUAAAAGCAAUUUAAUUGUAAAAUUGCUCGGGGUGUAUUGAUAAGUGUGGAUUUCAAGAUAUGGAACUAGUUGACCCGCCCGAGGUGAAGGUGGGUCGGCGUCGUGCCACCUGGGAUACUUUCGCGCGGAAGCAUGCACGUCAAUACUCGGCAACGGAACAAGUUUUGCAAAGUCAAUAUUUAAGUCCUUCAUAUUCCCAUAGUAAUUGGUGACGAGGACACUGGCGGACAGAAAGAAAUUGUAUACUUCGAUACGAAGAUAUAUUGACCCAAUUGACCUGCUCAAGGUGAAGGUGGGUCAGUGUCUUACCGCCUGGAAGCCGCAUUCGGGCGAAGACCUGCAGGUCAAUACACUCGACAACAAUUUUUUCAUUAUACUUUCCGGAUUACAUGGAUAGAACAGAGAAAUAUGAAGUGGGAUAUUGGGAAUGUAUUAGUACCAGUGAAUUUUAAGGGAAUACUGAUCUAGUUGACCUGUCCGAUGCGAAGCUAAGAUCGAAUUUUGCGCGCGAACUUGUCCAGCAACACUCAAAACUAGAAAAAUAAUGUAAGUUAAAUAUUUAAGUUUCCGGCAUUUGGAGCAAAACUAAGUUGUGAAUCGAUUGCGUUUAAGUGAUGUAAAAUAUGCAGUUGUCCUUCGUUAUUAGUGCCAUCGAGAAGUGAAAAAAGGGGAGCCCGCUGUACGCGCAAUAUCGGCGGUGAUUGCACCGGCAUUCGAUUGCACAGCUUUUCAUUUCAUGAUCAUGCUGCGUGAGUAAGCCGAGAGAAAGGAGACUUCAUUGGGAGAUUGUCUUUGUCAACUGACUGACUCUAUUGCGUGCUGCGUGGGCCCAACAGUGGGUGAAGAAGAUACACAAUUGACACUGGGCAUACGUCUGCUUGAAUCUAUUGACUGUGUGCAGAUCAUCAAUGCUCCAGGCGUCAAUGUGGAUAAGAUAAUACUAAUAAUCAUCUUGUUUCUUCGUUGCACUCAUGGCUUAUCAGAAGUUCACAAUGGUCGUGACGGAAAUGGAGAGCAUGGACUCUCCCACGAAGUCAAAAGAAAGUGAAGAAGAGAACAUUAGCAGCCGGGGGUUGGCAGAGAUGAACAAAAUAGGAAAAUACCAAAUAAUGGUGUAUAUUGCUGUGAGUUUACCCCUUGCCUUAUCAGCUGGGUUCACCCUUUGUUAUGCGUUCACAUCUGGUGAAGUAGAUUACAGGUGUCUCAUUCCCGAGUGUGAGAAUUCAUCAACCGCAAAUUGGCAUAAUAGUUGGACUGCCCAUUCUAGACCAAAAAGUGAUAAUUUGUUCGGCAGCUGUGACAGAUUCCAGGUGAAGGAUAAUGUGACUGGGGAGUGUUCGAAGGAUUCUUUCAGUAAUAGAGUUGGAAAGUGCAACAGUUGGGUGUACGAUCCACAGGAGCAGACUAUUCUAAGCGAGUGGGACUUUACGUGCGAUGAGAAUCGAUGGAAGUUAGCCAUGGUUGGGACGGUAAACAAUAUUGGACAGCUUGUAGGAUUGAUGUUCGCUGGAUACCUAUCUGACAGAUACGGAAGAAGAACCUGUCUAGUGGUAGAAACAUUCAUGAGUGGAGUAUGCGGACUCAUUCAAUCAUUUUCCGUCAACUACAUGAUGUUCAUGACCAUGGAGUUCCUCAUGGCAGUCUCUGCUGCGGGUAUCUAUAGCUCUGGUUUCAUCUUGGGUAUGGAAAUGGUGGGUGGGAAAAAGCGCGUCUUGGGAGCCACUUUUAUCGGAGGAAUGUAUGCCGUUGGUGAAAUGUAUCUAGGGACUAUGGCUAUGUUUUUGAAGUCCUGGAGACCUCUUCUGCGAGCUAUUUUUGCUCCUGGAUUGCUCGCUAUUUUUCUACCCUUAAUUAUUCCCGAAUCGAUUGCGUGGCUAGCAGCAAAAGGAAAGCAUCAAGAAGUUGAACGUAUAUACAAAAGGAUGGCCUAUAUGAAUGGUUUGGAGAGUACUCGCGUGCCAAGGAGUAUCUACGAAGAGUUGAAUGUGAAUACUUGUGAAAAGAAAUCAGAGAACAAAUCCAGCCGUAGUGUGCCUGUGAGAGAGGCCCUAUCAAGGCCGAAACUACUCGUAAGGUUGCUGGCAUGCUGUCUCUGCUGGCUGACCAACACCUUCGUGUACUAUGGGAUGUCCCUGAAUGCCGUGGCAUUUGCUGGGGAUAAAUACGUGAACUUUAUAUUGGUAUCAUUAGUUGAAAUACCGGCUUACUUCCUCAGCUGGAUACUGAUUGAUUACGUGGGGAGGAAACCCACCCUAUCCGGUUCAUUCCUGUUCAGUGGAAUAUUUUGCUUGGCGAUACAGUUUGUACCGAAAGAUUCAUGGGCAUAUGCACCUUUGAUUCUCUACAUGGGUGGUAAAGGAUGCAUUACUAUGGCAUUUGCUACUGUUUAUGUUUAUACGACUGAAAUGUUCCCAACGACUGCCAGACACUUCUUGCUCAGUAUUUGCAGCAUGACUGGACGCAUUGGCUCCAUUCUUGCUCCUCAAACUCGUCUUUUGGCGACAAUUGUUGCAUCUCUUCCUCUAAUCCUCUUCGGCUCCAUGGGAAUCCUUGCUGGAGUUGUUUCCCUCGUUUUCCCAGAGACUCUGGGGAUUAAACUACCGGACACUGUCACAGAGGCCGAGAAUAUCGGAAAACCAAAGAAAACUGACGACAAUUUCAGCUGUACAUGAUAUUGUGUUUAAUUUUAGGAAACAAUUUGAAAGUAUUCAUCAUUAUUAUUACACAAUUGAAGUGUUCAAUGCUUGACGGUCCAUUCGUUCGAGAAUUGUGACGAUAAGUUGGAGACAUAUCAUAAGGUUUGAGCAGUAUUUUUAUUUGCACCUCUGAGUAAUAUUACUUAUGUGAUUAAUUGACAAUUUAUGGAGUGAUGCUAAUUCUGUGAAUAAUUUUAUAGUCCUUUUGUGAAUGGUAAGCUAUCCAAUUUUGAAUAUUUGAAUUUAUUAUUUAUACACCUGCAUAAUACAUUGUAGUGAUUUUAUAAGAAUACAUUUUCUAAAAUCCCAAGCAAAAAACAAA